AAAUGUCAUUCAGUCGCAAUAUGGCCGAUAGUUUAUCUAAAUACGGAACAUAUAAAUUGUGCGCGAAUAUAUAAUUUGCUAUUCAAAUGAUAGUUUGUUUAAUUUAAUGACUUAGUGAGUGAAGUGUCACGGCAUGUUUCCCCUUACUCCGCCCGUGGUGAAACGGUUGCUAGGGUGGAAAAAGGGCCCUGAGGGUUCGUCUGCAGCCGAAGAUAAAUGGUCGGAGAAGGCAGUGAAAAGUUUAGUAAAGAAAUUGAAGAAAAGCGGGGCUCUCGAAGAAUUGGAAAAAGCUAUUUCAAGUCAAAACAGUCAUACGAAAUGCGUUACAAUUCCCAGGGCCAAACCGAAUGAGAACACGAUAAAUGGUCAAUAUCGCAAGGGAUUGCCGCAUGUUGUCUACUGCAGGCUGUGGCGUUGGCCGCAGCUACAGAGCCAGCAUGAACUAAAGCCAGUGGAUCACUGCGAGUACGCAUAUCAGCUGAAGAAAGACGAAGUGUGCAUCAACCCUUACCACUACAAUAAAAUCGACUCGCCUGCGCUGCCCCCGAUCCUGGUGCCCCGGUGUGGAGAUACGGAGGUCAGGGCUCCGCCCCCCUACACGGACUACCACCAGCACCCGCCGCACCACGACCACCACCACGAUCACCACCACCUCGACCAUACGGACGCGGUAAUGCAGACGGGCGGGCCGGUGGGCGUGGGCGUGGGCGCGCACAGUGCCAUGUACCUGGAGGCCACGCUGGCGCAGCAGGUGCCCGGGAACACCACCGUGCAUGUGAGCUCGUCGACGGUGGAGACGCCGCCGCCGGGCUACAUCAGCGAGGACGGCGAUCCGAUGGACCAUAACGACAACAUGAACCUAACCCGCCUGACCCCGUCGCCCCCAGGUCUGACGACUGAGGCCGCCCCGGUCCUGUACCACGAACCGGCAUUCUGGUGCAGCAUAAGCUAUUACGAGCUGAACACCAGGGUCGGGGAGACCUUCCACGCGUCCCAGCCUUCCAUCACCGUCGAUGGAUUCACUGACCCCAGUAACAGUGAGAGGUUUUGCCUGGGUCUCCUGUCCAAUGUGAACAGGAAUGAGGUAGUCGAACAAACUCGUCGACACAUCGGCAAGGGCGUCCGACUCUAUUAUAUUGGAGGCGAGGUGUUCGCGGAAUGCCUGAGCGACUCGUCGAUAUUCGUGCAGAGUCCGAACUGCAACCAGCGCUACGGGUGGCAUCCCGCUACCGUCUGCAAGAUACCGCCGGGCUGCAACCUAAAAAUCUUCAACAACCAAGAGUUCGCGGCGCUGCUGUCCCAGUCGGUGUCGCAGGGCUUCGAGGCGGUGUUCCAGCUCACGCGCAUGUGCACCAUUCGGAUGAGCUUCGUUAAGGGAUGGGGCGCUGAGUACAGACGUCAAACAGUGACGUCGACCCCGUGUUGGAUCGAGCUGCACCUGAACGGUCCGCUGCAGUGGCUGGACCGAGUGCUCACACAGAUGGGCUCCCCGCGCCUGCCCUGCUCCUCCAUGUCAUAGGCUACACGGUAUGUUAUCCCCAUCAAAAAAACUAUAAAAGAACGAGAAAAAAAACUUAUAUUCACUCACCUAUGUACAGUGUUAGCUCAAAACAAUGAAUACCUCUUACUUACCCGACUGUUUCGAAAGGAGGGUAAUGUUUUUUGAGUCGUAGGCUAAUUAGAGACCCAUGUCCUUCAUAGAUUUUGUUAUUACGUGUAGAUUUUUCACGAAAUUAAAACCUUUUUAUGGCCGAUUUUCAAUUAAUCUAUAUGUCUGUAGAUUUGGUAACGAGAGAAAGAGAGAAAAUGUCCACAAUCCUUUCCCCCUCUCAUUCUCGAAUCCCCUUUUUUGUGAGGGGGGAAAUCAUUCAAUGUCUUCUCCCGCCUUGGGUGAGGCGAGAGGGAGUGUCAGACUCUUACUGACUAAACACCACCCCGUUCCUACUUCUGCUUAGUGCUGGAGCCCCGGUAACUCUCUUCAAAUUCAAACCCUCCCCCAAAAGGCCGGCAACGCACUUGUAACGCCUCUGGUGUUUCGGGUGUCCAUAGGCGACGGGGAUUGCUUACCAUCAGGUGAUCCGUCUGCUCGUUUACCUUCCUAUACAAUAGAAAGACGUUGCACUCUUUCGCGUCAAAAUCCAUAGAAAUUUAUAAGUUUUUGACGUUUCAAGAAAAGUAUUGAAAACUUGAAGUAUAAUUUACAUAAUAUGGUAAAACGAGGUGAAUAGAAUUCAAAGGGUGAAUAGACAUAGGAACGGGGUGAAUAGAUGUUAGGAAAUCUUCCCAACAUUUAUUCGCCCCUUUUCUGUAUCUAUUCACCCCUCGAAUUCUAUUCACCCUGUUUUACGGUACGCAAAUCUACAGAUAGAUAGGUUAUUGAAAAUGAGACCUUAUAGCGAUAUGUAAUAUUUUUGUAUGCGCACUAAAUUAGUAUUCAGACCGUUAAAGUCUAUUUUUGCUUGCACGAGUCGACUGUUAGGUUUACUAAUUAAUAUUAUUAUUAUUAUAGAAGGUUUUUAAGUAAUUUUGUAUAUUUUAUUUAAAGGAUGAGGUGAAAAAGUGGUUUUGUAAGUAAAAAUUAAUAUAUUUCGCUAUUUACUACACUGCGUAGUUAGUAUACAUAAAUUAUGAAAAGUGGGCGUUACAUUUAAUAUAUAAUAGGCUCACCCCCUUUUAUAUGGGACUUAUAACACAAAUGGUGAAAGGUGGGUGUACAUUGUAUAGCGGCAUUACGUGCCGUAAUGUGCACCUCUGCCUACCCCUUCGGGGAUCAAAGGCGUGACGUUGCGUUGGGCGUUACAUUUAAUGUACACCUUGCCAAUCCCGGAAAUAUUAUUGAAAAUAUUAUUAAAAACAAAUAGUAAAAUAAUAUUUUCCCAAAAAUUAUAAUGAAAAAUUACUUUUUACUUACAAAAUCACUCUUCCCUACAGUCUUACGAAUAAAACAAUGCAUUAUAUACCUUAAAACUUUGAUAAUAAAGUCUAUGAACACAACACAGUUUAUAUCACGCAAUAUUUUAUAUAAACGAACUGCAUAAAGUACAUAAUAAUAUUGUCUAAUUUAUCGAAGGUUACUUGUGCUAAAUAUAUUAAAAUAUUUGCACGUAAAUUUGCAGUAAUCAUGAAGUAAGUACAAAGAGGAGAUGCCAUAAUGUGAUUGUGUACUGUGACACAAAUUGCCAAUGAUAUUUAUAAGUAAAAAGGUGUAGAUAGGCCCGCAUCGUACGCAUCGCACGCAUUCCGUAUGACGUCAUCGGUACGCAUCGCAUGUAGGCAUUGCUGAUGAUGCGGUCCGUACGAUGCGGAUCAGUGGACGCAGUUGUAUGGGUUUCUAUACAAGACAAACUAAAAUCCGUUGCGUGCGAUGCGUACGAUGCGGGCCUGUGGACGUGUAUUUUAAAUGUGGAUUAUUGGCCACGUAUUUGUAUGAGAUGGCUAGAUGGAAAAUAGAGAGGGGCGUGGUUUGUAACGUCUCGCGCUCCCCGUAAAGUGUCAUGUAUUAUGUUAAAGGGAAAUCCAGUUAUGACAUCUCCUCUUUGUAUUAGCUUCUUGGUAGUAACUGGGGUCUUAGGUAUGUAGGUUUUAUAGAUCAUUAAGCAGUGCGAGAGGGACGGAGCUAUGUAGGUUGUAUAGCUCCGUCCCUCUCGCACUGCUCAAUGAUCGACCAUUCUGACACAAUUGUAAUAGCAGACUAAGGCCCCUGUUCUGUGUCUUUUUUUAUACAUAUGUAUAAUAAACUAUAAACAAUCGAAAGGUUUUGUUACAAAAUAUCCUAUUAUAAGUGUAAUUAUAAUGUUGAUUUAAUAUAUAAUUUUAUAAUUGUAUGGAAUAUCGUGAAAUUUUAACAUGCGCCGGCGCAGGUUUUGAGAUUUUUGUUGUUGUGAAAUCUAAAUUGAUCUUGUAGUGUUUAUUUUAUAUGGUAGAUAUAUCUAUCAGGAAAUUGUGAAAUAUUAAUAUUUUUAUUAUAUAUUAAAUCAAUAUUUGAUUUUUUUUACAAAAUGAUGAAAUUUUUAUCGCCAUUGCAUUUUGCAUUUAUGUUUUUUUUUUAAUUAUUAUUUUUAUUUUAUUAAAACUAUGUAUUGUAUACAUAA